AUUUCUUGGUCUUCAAAAUCUAACAUACAAUUGCAUACUCGUCGGAAACAGUUUGUUGUACAUUAUUGUUAGAAAUUUUGAAAGGAACAGCGUCAAACUUUGGUACACAUAACCGCAGCGAAUUAUCAUCAGAUUUCGUAUAUGGCUACAAGUAAUAUGGACACAUUCAGCUUAAGUAGAUCGUACUAUAUUUUAAUAGUGGUAUUCAUUGCAGUAUGUAUCUCCACAGUAUCCCCAGCCGGGGUAGCACAUCGUAUAGUGGAUAAGAGAGGCCCGAGAGUUCAGGUUUGUCAGUGUGGUUCUCUGAGUUUGCAAAAGUGUAUGAAAGUUUUUCUUCCCGCUUGUUGUGUACAACAUUCGUCGCUUGGUGGCAGUAUAGCCUGUGCACCGAUGGGUAAGAGAUCAAUGGAUGAUGAAUUAUUUUCGGAUCAGGGCAGUGAGGAUGAAGAAAUGGACAUAUAUAACGAAUUUAACUUCAUUAAAAGCCUACUUGCAUCAAGGAACCUUUUAAAUGCAGAAAAAGUCCCUCUUCUAUUACAAAACGAAAGCAACGAAGACAGGUUUUGAAGGGAAGGAGAACGUCCAGCGCAGAUUUAGACAGAGGUCAAGCAAGCCUAUCCCCCUCCCCCAAAUUGGAAUGACAACACGUUAAACAAUUCUUGUAAAAUGCUGUAUAUUAUAGAUAUCUUCAAUAAAACAAAAAUAUGCAGACCAAUAUUUUAUUGCAAAAACGAAUUUUGCUUUUAUCCAAACAUUUUUUGUUUAAUAGUUAUAGGAAUCGGUUUAUUUCAUGGAAAUCAAGUUUAUAAAACAUAUGGAUCAGAUAGUAUAAUGGAAUAAUUGAUCAUUUGGCAAAGUCUUCCGUGAAAAAUUAUUUUCUUUUUUCUUACAUAAUUUAUGAUAAAUGAUUACAUUCGCUAAAAAAACUUAUUCCAGCGAUUAAAUUAGAUAACAACGCCAAUUUAAUGUGUGACUAAUAAUGAUUCUGAAGUUUAAGACGUUUCGAUUUAAAUUUGAAUGGAGAUGUGUAAUUCCUGAAUUUUCUAUGCGAUUCUCAGCAUAAACAUCCAUGUUAAAAUUAAACCAGUUGGUCAGAUGCGGUGUUUGUUCUUUAGUCAUUGAGGUCUAUAAACAGGGAAGCAGAUGGUCUGAGGAUACAUAAUUUUAAGCACAUAUUUGUUCAUUACGCAAAAUAAGCCAUGUUUUGCUUGGUGGUAUCGGCAUACUUUGUCUAUACUAAAAUAGACAAGCAAUAUCGAGGUUACUGGACGUGUCAGUGUUAGUUAUUAAUCAAAGCAAUAAAGCAUUAUGUGCACCAUAAACAACGUCACCUGUAAUGUAUACCCAGUGUCGUAACGUCUAUGCGCUCAUGUGCGUCGGUCCGAAGGGGCCCCUACCCAUAGGGUCCUCGACUUAGCACCCUGACCCAAAAGAUCCCUGCUCAUACAUAACAGCAUAAUGUGUCUCGGACAUCGACUGUAGGACAUAUAUCAUGUUAUAUCCAGUGAUGUAUUAUAGGGGGGGGGGGGGGGGGGUGGUCCUAAAAUUGUCAAAAUUAAAAAAACAAAAGAAGGAGAAAAUUAUAUUCAAAUUGUAAGUCUAUAAGUGCCAUUUUCCUGCCAUAUAAAGGUGCCAUAAUCAUAUCUUUUCUUGCCCCACCAGGGUUGGGGCUGAGGUGUUAGGACCCUCCAUCUGUGAAAGUCUAUCCAUGGGCCUCCUAUUUAAAAUUCCUGGAUCUACCACUGAUAUCAUAUCACUUAUUUUGUCAUUUUAAAAACAUUUAAAACACAAUGAAAAACAUGAUUAAAAAACGAGCACAUUUAAAAUCCUACGAUAGAAUUGGCAACCGGUACCCAGAAAGGGCCCCAAGUCUCAGAAGGGGGGGGGGGGAAUCAUUUCUUUAAUAAAUGAAACAUACGCCUAUCAUAAUUUGGCCUAUAUACUGUAAUACUGAUAUGAAAUGGCUGCUAAUGUAUUUUAUUAUGCUGAAACAAUUAUUUUCAAUACAUCGUAACUUGGCCUUCCAGACAGAAAAUUUGAGACUUGCUCUUCUAAAUAUCUUAUUUCUUAAAAAUGGCAUGGUCUUUUUUAAAAUUAGGAGCAACACCUUCAUCGCAGAAAACUGGUUUAUAUUUAACAGGAAAAGGAAACCUGUUGUACUAAUUAGAAUACGAAAGAAACAGAACAUGAAAUAUAAAAUUCCAAAAAAAUAGGACUCAAAUGCCAACCAACGUGUUUUAGAGGCAGAGAGAUUAGAAACACCGAGUCUGUACCGAGCAAAGAACUAUAGUAAACUCGGUCACGACCGGUCGAUUGAUUAAUUAGUUGUUAAAUUUAGACAAUUAUGUUAUAAUAAGUUGAUGUUUUGGGGGAGAGAAGGUAAUAAACCAUGUGAUAGUUAAGUAUUUGCUUAAUUAACGAUGACACGUUUUAGCUUAAGAUAAGAAAGUGCAUUAGCGUCCGUUUUGAUUGUAACUUCGUUAUAAUAUUUAUUUUUUUUGUUGUCUUUUUUUUUUUUUAACUGUUAAUAGUGUUAUCCAAAUGUAAAUAGUUGAUCGAAAGCCGAAAUAAAUUGAGAUGAAGAAAGCAGAAAUAAAAGGAGGAAAAAUCCA